UAUUUUAUUCAGGACACCCAACACAUACUGCUAUAGUUUAAACAAUUAAGUAAUAGCAAAGCACCUACGUCCGAAGCUGCAUCCAAACAUUGACCCUUAUUAUUUAAGUUCAACCUAACAUGAGCUUGAAAUAUUAAAUAUACAACUCCACCCAAAACAAAAUGAAUCUCAAACCAUAAUGGAAUACUCUUGUAACACCCUCUUUUUCCUUCUCCUGCUACUCUCAUCCAAUCUCCUCACUCUAUUCAUCUCCACAACUCUCUACUCUUCCUCUUGCUCCCUCAGCCCUCACCUCCAAACCACCCCCGCCGCGGCCGAGCCGGACCUCCCCUCCGAGUUCCUCGCCUUCACAUCCCCACAGAAGCUCCCACUCGGCUUCAACCGCAACUUCGACUCUGACGAGAUCCUCCCCUCGGUCGGAAGCUCAUGCACCCUCUUCGAAAGCGACCUCCACCGUUACAUGACGUACCAAGUGAACGGAUCAUGCCCGGACGACGAGCUCCUCUCCCAAAAACUCCUCCUCAAGGGCUGCGAGCCCCUCCCCCGCCGCCGCUGCCGCCCUGCCUCCCCAAGCCGCGCCGCAGAGCCCCUCCCCCUCCCGUCCUGCCUCUGGUCCACCCCCUCGGACGCCUCCGUCGUGUGGACCGCCUACACCUGCAAGAACUACACGUGCCUCGUCAACCGCGGCCACAGCCAGAAGGCCUUCGACGACUGCAAGGACUGCUUCGACCUGGCCGGCCGCGAGAGCCGCCGCUGGACGGGCCACUCGACCUCCUCCAGCCUCGACUUCACCAUCGACGAGGUCCUCGCCACGAAGCCCCCCGGGACCAUGCGCAUCGGGCUUGACAUAGGCGGGGGAGUGGCGACCUUCGCGGUGAGGAUGAGGGAGCGGAACGUAACGAUCCUGACGACCUCCAUGAACCUCAACGGGCCGUUCAACAACUUCAUCGCCGCGAGAGGGGUCGUCCCGCUCUACAUCAGCAUCUCGCAGAGGCUUCCGUUUUUCGACAACACGUUGGAUAUAAUCCACUCGAUGCACGUGCUGAGCAACUGGAUCCCGGCGCAGCUGCUGCAUUUUAUGGUGUUUGACAUAUACAGAGUGCUCAGGCCCGGCGGCUUGUUCUGGCUGGAUCACUUCUUCUGCGUCGGGAACGAGCUGGAGAAUGUCUACGCGCCUCUUAUAGAGAGCGUCGGGUUUCAGAAGUUGCGGUGGGAGGUGGGAAGGAAGCUUGAUAGAGGGGAGGAGCUCAACGAGAUGUACCUGUCUGCGCUCUUGGAGAAGCCAUUAAACAAUUCUUGGUGA